UUAUAUAUUUUAGAAUAUAAUUAAAUAGUAGAAAAUUGAAAUUAAUCCCAUUUAAUCCAGUAAAAUCCGAUUUAAUCCUUCUAGAGACUCAACCGGACAAGUCAUUCCUCCUCAGAAGUACACACCUGGUCCAAUCCCAUUUUCCCCUUUCUCUCUCUAUAUCUAUAUAUACAUACAGAGAGAGAAUCAACAGAGUUCGAACCCCGACAACGUUGUUAGAAAUGGAUUUCGAUUCGACAACGCUAAUCUUAACCACCGGCGCUCUGCUCCUCUUCUUCCUCUGGCGGGCCGUGGCGGCGCUGAAACCGCCGCGGUGCGGCUGCGACACCUGCCGGAGCUACCUCUCCUCCAGCUGGACCUCAACGUACAACAAUCUCAGCGACUGGUACACCCACCUCCUCUCCCAAUCCCCCGCCGCCACCAUCCACGUCCACGUCCUCAAUAACGUCAUCACCGCCAAUCCCGACAACGUCCUACACAUCCUUAAAACCAGGUUCGAUAAUUAUCCUAAAGGUAAACAGUUCUCCGCCAUCCUCGGCGACCUCCUCGGCGCCGGAAUCUUCAACGUCGACGGCCAUUGUUGGCUCUUCCAGCGCAAAAUCGCCUCCCUUGAACUCGGCAGCCUGUCCGUCCGAUCUUACGCCUUCCAGAUCGUACGGUCGGAAAUCGAAUCCAGACUUUUACCGUUAUUAGGCGGCGGUGGCGGUGGCGCCGCCGCCGCUGUCGUCGAUUUGCAGGAUAUUUUUCAGAGAUUUUCCUUUGACAGUAUCUGUAGAUUCUCGUUUGGAAUGGAUCCUGGUUGUCUGGAAGCUUCCCUGCCGGAAUCUGAAUUCGCCGCCGCCUUCGACGCCGCCUCCAGAUUGUCGGCGAUGAGGGCGACGGCGACGGCGCCGGCGAUCUGGAAAAUUAAAAGGUUUUUGAAUUUGGGAUCGGAGAGGGAAUUGAAGAAGGCGAUUCGAUCAGUGCAUUUGUUGUCGGAAUCGGUAAUUAGGAAUAAGAGGAAAAGCGCGGCGGAAUCGGGGAAAGGGGAUUUGCUGUCGAGAUUUAUGGCGACGAUAAACGACGACGUUUUGCUGAGGGACAUUGUGAUAAGCUUUCUGCUCGCCGGCCGGGACACGGUGGCGGCGGCGCUAACCGGUUUUUUUUUCCUGGUCAGCCGGAACCCUAGCGCGGUGGAGAGAAUCCGGGAGGAAUCGGACCGGAUAAUGGGGGAAUAUUCCGAUCGGGCGGUGGAGUUUGAAGAGCUACGGGAAAUGCAUUUUUUGCAGGCGGCGGCGCACGAGAGCAUGCGGCUGUUGCCGCCGGUGCAAUUCGAUUCGAAGUUCUGCGCGGCGGCGGACGUGCUGGCCGACGGAACGGCGGUGGCGCGUGGGACGAGGGUGACGUACCAUCCGUACGCGAUGGGGAGGAUGGAGAGCGUGUGGGGGAAGGACUGCGGGGAGUUCCGGCCGGAGCGGUGGUUGACGGCGGCGGAUGGUGUUUUCCGGCAGGAGAGUCCGUACAAGUUUGCGGUGUUUCAGGCGGGGCCGAGGGUGUGUCUCGGCCGGGAUAUGGCGGUGGCGGAGAUGAAGGCGGUCGCGCUUUCUGUGAUUAGGAAAUUUGAUUUCGAAUUGGUGGACGGCGGCGGCGCCGCCGCCUCCGCCGCCGCGCCGAGAUUUGCGCCGGGGCUGACGGCGACGUUUGCCGGCGGGCUGCGGGCGGUGGUCCGGGAGAGGAAGAGAUUUUAAUUUAAUUAAUUAAUUAAUUAAUUGGGAGAGGGAAAUUUGGCGGAGGUGUGUACAGUUAGAGAACGAACCAAUUGCGGUUUGGCACGUGACGAUCACGUGCAUGUUGGGGUUGGGGGGGGUUGUCGUACGUGGCGGGCUGGGGUUGACUUGGGUGUUGGUUAGUUGGGUACUACUGCGGCUUUG